UGGUCCAGCAGCACCGGAGGAAUUUGCCCUCCUGGUGUUCACAGCUGUUCGCUGUUGCUCUCUCCAGUAGUCCCGUUGAGUGACCUCCCCUGCGCGACAACUAGGGCGACCGCCGCCGCCCCACGCCUGCUGGCCAGGUCUUCGGCGGACCCUUUGCCGUCGACGGGCAUCCACCACACCAGCACAGGGUUUUGCACAUUAAUGAAGACUUAAAAGUUCCAGAACAAAGCACUAAGGGUGCUCGAAGGAAAAAUGCUUUAGGUUAGAUCAAACCAUGGUUUUUAAAGCGGUAAGGCGGUCCAAGGCGUUGGAGCACCGCCUGGACGCCUAGGCGAGGUAGGUGGGCAAGGCGCCUAGGCGUUAGACCACCGCCCAGACGCCUAGGCGACGCCUUAAGAACAGUGGAUCAAACUGUAGAUCUUGCCACUGCCUCCAAGCAUCCUAUGGCCACAUGGUUUAGACAGUGUUAUCCAGGUGGAUGACGAAUUGUGAUGCGGAGGGCCUACUCAAUCACCACCACCGCACAAAUAGGGGCAUGCGGCAUACCACCAUUUUAAGAUAGAUAAAUUACAUAAUACAUGUGCAUCUUAUCAAUCCUUUGAACUUACUAUAAGCUCAUGUACCUUUCAAGGUCUAAGCCAAAUAAGUGCUCUUAACACUCUACAUCACCAUGCACAGGCACUGGUUGAAAACAGAUUUUGUUGGCGCUCCUGGAGUUCAUACUUAUGUACUUUCCUUUCUCAAAUCAUAACAUAUCUUAGGCAGUUAAAGCUUAGCUGAAUGCCAACUUGCCUCCACGUGCAAGAUCCCAGAAACAUUGCUAUGUCUCGUCCGCUUGAUUUUGCUGUGCUUAAUUACAAAAAUCAAAGGCUUGCGGAACAACUGGAAGUCCACAAAUUUGAGUUCCGUGCUCUUGAGAGUAGAUUUAAUGAUUUAAAAGAGAAACAGAGGACACAUAAUGAGACACUUAUCCUAGUAGAAAAUUAUUGGGAGCGACUCGUAGCAGAGCUGGGUAUAGUCCCUGUUUGCAAAAGUGAAUCUUCACAUUCAAGCUGCAGUACAGGAAACAACAAUAUACGGAAGGAUGGUAUAUGCUUUCGCCUAGGAGCAGGCUUUUUAAAUGGACUUUUAGAGGCUGGUGCCAGUGCCACAGAAAGUUCAGGUUUUUCCAAUUGUCAACUAGGAAAUGACGUCUCUUCAGAAGAAUCAACAACAAUUGAUAUUCUGCAGAAGAUGUUCCUUCCAUCAAGUGGUCCAUGGCAUGCGAAUAACGAGGUUGUUUCUGCUGCUCUCAAAAAGUUGCCAGAAAAUGAACACAGCAGGCAAUUGCACAGUGCUACCAAUGAUGUGUUAUCCAAGCUUCACGUGGUGAUGCGUGCAGUAGAUAAUCUUCACUUGAAACACAUGCAGUUAGCAGGGAACUAUCAAAAACAAAGAGAUUCGAGUGCCUGGAACAGAGCUGAACAGAAACGUCUGAAAGAGGAGUUGACUAGUGUUGUUGCCAAGUUGGAAGAAAGCAAACAAAAACUGGCAGUACUGAAAGCACAGGGAGACAAUAAGCAAGCAACACCGAUCCUUGUUCCUAUGCUGGGAAAGAAAACUGCAGAAAAGGUGGGAGAUAAACAAACAGAACUGCAAGAUCUUGAAGCUACCCACAAGGAGUUAAUGGAAUCGAUUUCAAAGCGUCUGGAGGAAAUUAGAAGACUGCAUACAGAGAGAAUUGGAAUUUUGAACAAUUUAGCGACUUUUCAGAAUAUACUGACGGAUUUCAAAAGCAUUCACUCUUCCAAAGCUUUUCAACUUGUCAAUGACCAACUUCAGAAGUCACAAGCAGAACUGGAUGGUCACCAAACAUUGUUAGAGAAAUUACAGGUUGACAUGGAUACCUUUGUUUGGAGAGAAAGGCAAUUUAAUCAAAAAGUUGAUUUGGCUGAAAUCUCCCAGAAGGUUUCUGCAUACUAUGUAUCUAGAAUUGCUGAUCUUGAAAAGGAUGUCCAGAAACUAUGUAAUGAAAAGAAUAUGCUUGUGCUGAAACUUGAAGGGGCUUUGAGAGAACCUGGUCGGAAUCAGGUUAUCUCAGAAUUUAAAGCUCUGGUGUCAUCGCUACCGAGGGAAAUGGGUGCUGUGCAAACUGAACUGUCCAAACACAAGGAUGCUUCCUUACAGUUGCAUUCUUUGCGAGCAGAAGUUCAUUCACUUUCUAGUAUCCGAACCAGAAAGGAACAAGAAAUUGAAGAAACAUCAAGAUCUGCUCAUGCUGGAUCUGAUAUAAGCCAACUUCAAUCUCUGGUCCAUGAGCUGAGGGAAAAUACACAGGAGCUUAAACUAUUUGUGGAGUUGUAUAAGCAUGACUCCGCUGAUUCCAGACAGCUGAUGGAAUCGAGAGACAGGGAACUUGCUGAAUUGGCUGGAGUCCAUGUUCUCAGAUAUUCUCUUAAUGAAAGUAAAUUAGAGCAGCGUGUAAUUGCAGCCAAUGAAGCUGAAGCAAUCUCUCAGCAGAGACUGGCAACUGCCGAAGCUGAGGUUGCUGAAUUAGGGCAGAAGCUAGAAACUUCUAGGAGUAAAGUGAUAUCAAGUGCUGGGUUUCUAUGGCUCAGAAAUCUAGUGAAACAAUCUGAUAUACUGAAGUCUAAACAUGAAGAAUGUGAAGCGUACAUGGUGGAGAUCGAGAGCAUUGGCCAUGCCUAUGAAGACAUAAUGUCACAAAAUCAACAAUUGCUACAGCAGAUUAUUGAAAGAGAUGAUCAUAAUACCAAGCUUUUCAUGGAGGGUGUUAAAGCAAAACAGUCACACGAUGCUUUGCAUUUGGAAGUGUGCUCGUUGCAAAGAAAUUUGCAGCAUGCAAGCACUUUGAUGGAUCUGUGCAACCAGAAACUUAUCCACCUGGAGGACAAGCUAAGAGGUUGGUCAGAGCGGUUGAGGAGACUGUCAGAGGAUGGAAUGCAGCAAUCUAUUUCAUUGGGCAUUUCUCAAACAAAGCUUACCGGUAUGCAUGGGGAAGCUCCAAAGCUCGGGCAGGCAUUGAAUGUUCUACAAGCGAAGGUUGGGAGCAAUCGGCUGGAAGUUGCUGAGCUGCUUAUAGAACUAGAGACGGAGAGGUUUAGUAAAAAGAGAUUAGACGAUGAUUUGGAUCUAAUGUCAAGCAAAGCUAGUUCUCUAAGAGAGAAGGCGGAUAAUUCUCAAGUCCUUCAAAAACUUCUCCAUGAGGCUAAGGAGUACAGGGGAAUACUGAAGUGUGGUAUUUGUCAUGACAGGCAGAAAGAGGUUGUGAUUGCCAAAUGCUACCAUCUCUUCUGCAACCAGUGCAUACAGAAGUCGCUUGGUAGCCGUCAGAAGAGGUGCCCGUCUUGUGGACUAAGCUUCGGUGUUAACGAUGUGAAACCUAUCUAUAUAUGAAACAGAAGGUUGGCGCCUGUGUCGCACACACCAGAACUGCCUGGUGCUCUACUGAUUCCCGGUAUAUGGUAGGCCGCCAUGGCGGCGGUUCAGUUGGUGAUGUAGCAUAAGCUUCUCUAGGUACAUUGCACACCCCCCAAAAAAAAAGUAAGACGCUGCAUGUGAUUGCUGGUACCCGCUGGCAUAUAUGAUGCUGGUGUUACCUCAAGCGUCUCUCGCAAAGUAUGCCUUGCCUUUGCCCAGUCUGGUAGAAUAGCCUGACCUCUUCAACCAUUGCUUAUUUUUUAUUCAUUGGGAGAAAAAGACCCAACAAGUGAGGAUAUUGAUGCUUCCCGCAAUAGUGAGCAAUGUUUAUAUUUGUAGCUUUAGUUAGUUCCAUUGGUGUAGCCGACAGUAAGGAUAUAGUUUCAUUUCAUUUUUUAUUUUUCCUUUUUGAAAUAUACUGGUUAGCCAGUUUGUAUGUUUCAGGAGAUUGACAAUAGUGAGAUUCCGUUAAUAAAAAAGAAGUGAGAUUCCAGA